AUGCGGCAACCACCUGGGUAUGAGGAUCCGGCUCAUCCUGAUAAUGUGUGUCAUCUACAGGGGUUCCCGGCUUCCAAAACGGAUGUAUCUCUUUUUAACUACUCAGUUCAAGAAACCCAUGUUUGUCUCUUGAUAUAUGUCGAUAAUAUAAUCAUGAUGGGUAAUGAUUCAGGGCUAUCGUCCAUAUUUAAAAUCCGAGACUUUGGCACACCCAAUUUCUUUCUUGGCAUCGAGACUCUAUUGAUAGCAGGCGGCAUGCUGCUCUCUCAGCGUAGGUACAUGGAGGACAUUCUACACAGGGCUGGGAUGACUAAUUGCAAGCUGCUAACCACUCCAGCCGCCCUUACACAGACUAUAUCUCCUACGCCAAAGCUAUUUGAGAAUACCACGCAAUACCGGCGUUUAGCUGGUGCCCUGCAGUAUCUCACCAUUACCCCGCCUAACCUCUCAUACGCCAUUAACCGAUUGAAUAUGCACUAA